AUGCUUCAGUUUCACGGACGACGAAUACCUCAUGAGACGGCUGAAAAUGACCCAUACCAGAACAGGCGAGUCAAGGUUGAUCACACAGCUGCAUUACAGGUAAUUCUGCUUGGCCACUGUUUUUGUCUUUGCUUACUAUGCCCACGAAAUAUGGAAUGGCCUGAUCACGGUUGCCCGUCUGGCGAAGAUCAACUAAUCAACAUGAUCGAAAAGAUGGCUGAAUACAAUAAGAAUUCAACAGCUCCUGUUCUUGUUCACUGCAGCGCUGGAGUGGGACGCACUGGAACGAUCAUAUCAGUCAAUUAUAUAAGGGAACUGAUUGAGUCUGAAGAGCUGGAUUCCUUAGACAUUUUCGAACUUGUCAUGAGUUUGAGGAAACAGAGAGCAAGCAUGGUGCAAACACAGGAUCAGUUUCAUUUCGUUCAUAAGUGUGUUGCUCAUUACUGCAGAGAAAGAUUGGGACUUCCCCAUCCCUUGCCCAAAGAAGAAGCCCCUGAAUCUCCUCCCAUGGUUCCGAACCACUUAGCUCCAUCUUACAAUGCUGUAAACGAGAACGGUGACUUAUCCAUAGACAAUGAUAGCGACGACGAAUUCGAGGGAACUGAGGUUCCGGAUUUUCCGCACGAGCCGCCUGCUCCAAGAGGACCGGAGGAACUGGGCAGCGCGGCAAGUUGA